AUGACCGCUGCGUCGACCGGCAGCAGUCAACCGUCGACGGCUGGCUCCUAUUCGGUCAGAGAAAUCAUCGAUAGAUAUGAAUCAGAGGAAGAUGACUUUCUACGAGAGCUUGAGGAAAUGCGAGCAUCACUACAAAAUAGCGAGCAAGAGGAGGAAGCAGUGCCACAAGAUCCUGCACCUAUUCUUAGUGUCUUAUGCAGUCUCGUGGAUGAAAUUGGCUCGUUGAGAACGGAAAAUCGAAGACUCAAAACGAGACUUGCACCGCCUCCUAGAUCCAAGAAUGUUGUGCAGCGAGUCUCGGCCAUUUUCGACUCUCGUACGAAUAUUUUUCCUCGUUUGCGGAGGUCUGGUCAUGCUGAAAUUCGCACUGGAGCACGAGAUCGACUUACAACACCUCCUAGAAAGGAUCCUCUCACCGCAUCCUCAAUCUCUACAGAUUUCUCGCAAGGCUCUAGCGGUACACGAGCACCUCCUUUGGUAAAACCAGAGCUUAGCGAUAGCGAAGCUGACGAGCAUUACCCCAAGGUUGAACGUCGAAAUCGUCGAACAGCUGCGCGUCGAUGUGACAUGUCUAUGUCUGAAUGUACUUCGCCAUCAUCAGCUUCGUCGAGCCGAGACGCAAGCGAAGGAAUGACCUCCAGUCGCUCAUCCUUCCUCGAACUGAUCGGUUUCCGAAAACGAAAUGUGGCCGUGUCGGCCACGUCGUUGCUUCCAGCUGCGACGAAGCCGAUUUUGAAGAAAAGGCACAGAAGGGUGUCUGAGGACGAGGCAAAUGCGAUGUAUUCUAACAUAGAUAAUUCGAGCCAUCGUCAACGACAAGCUGCAAAGCCACCGCGACCGAUGUCUUACUAUCCCGUAGAAGACAGUGACGAUUCCGAUAAUCUACGAACGAAAAGAAAAGCGACAUCUUUCUUGAACGUCCACAAUAACUACGAUCAUCCAGAAAGCCUACUUCGAGUUGAUCGCGAGACCCGGCUCAGGCACGAAAAGGAAAGUCUUGAAGCGGAAAUCGAGGAGCUAAAGAUGCGAAAUCAACGUCUUGUCGAGCAGCUUCGCGAGAAAAGCGUACAAUUUAGCAAAUUACAAUUCCAUACACAGAAACUCGAUGAGCAGAUAGAUGCUUUGAGCCAAAGAUGCGCGAUGAACGCAGCUUUGGACAAAUUGACUCUGGACGAACGCCUUGUCAGAGGGCCCUUGACUGCUUUGGAAAAAAUUGAGCAACGUCUGCGAAAAUUCCAGAGUCAGGUGCAAAGCAUCAAGCUCGAUGCUGCAAAUAUUCAGCAAAAGACUUUGAAUGGAUUGGCACAAGAACGAAGCGCUCAUCAGGCAUGCCUCGAACGUCUAGAAAAUCUUCAAAGAGAAAACUUUGCGCUAAUGCAAAGUCGAUAUCUAGAAUCCGGCUGUGAUGAUGCCGUUUGGCAACGAAAAAUAGACGCGUUGCCAUUGUACGAAACAUUGUACUCCUUCACACAAAAUACUGUACGAAAAUAUUCGGAUUUGAAAUGGGCGCUGAUAGAUCGAGAGCGGGAAGCGAUCCGCGCAGAGCUCGAUCUAAUCGCUGCUCAAUCUUCACUACUUGUUACUCAUGCUCAGAAUGAAAGACUGCGUAUAAGGCUAGGGGAAGCUCGUCCAAAGCGUCCCGCUUCGUUCCAUGGCGAAGAUUUGACCAAUAGAAUGGCCAAAAGAGAAAUGAACUUCUUCUUGCCGUUCAAACUUCAAGGUUCCCGAAUAGAAAACUCUAGAAGAAUCCUGACCAAGAAGACUGUAGACUGUGAAAAAGACCUUGAAAGCGAGUUUCUGACAAUGUUUGCUAAUGGAAGAAAUGCAGCACAUUCCAACGCUCAGGAGAAACCCUAUGCCACUUCACGUAUUGAACAUAUGAUGAGAGAAAUGUCCUUCAAUAACAAGUCGAGAAAAAUGCCUCCACCAGCGUAUAUUCGCGAAAAGCCGCGAAAUUCUUCUAGCAGACCCAUGAGCUUGAUCGAAGUUGAAGAACAACGUCGUCUUAAACGUUUUGAAGAAACAAGAAGAAGCAUUAAGAUCAGGAAACAACCCAGUGCGGAAAGCUAUAGCAAGAGACCAAUCGACACCGGACAAUUUCCAACUUCUUCGCUUCAAGAACUACCUUUUCAAAGUCCCAACUCUACACCAGUAAUGAUACGAAAAUUUGCGGAAAAACCACCGCAACACAGAGCAUACGACCAACUCCCGGACAUGCAACGCGUUGAAAGGUUACGCAGACUCGAAAGAGGCUACAGUAUGGAUAACCACGAUCGACCAACUUAUGCAGAGGAUGUGCGGAAGCAAAUUGACGAACGAAGAAAAGAAGACGUCCGUGGAGCUGCCGCAGAAACGGAAAGACGAACUUCAAAGAUUCAACGAUCACAGCCUGUUCACCUCACCCGAAUCAGACCGCCAUCGCAAUUGGCACAGAGAAAAGUGAAGACGCUGGAAUCCCCUCGAAUGGAUUGCCGACCACAGGAACGGCAUCCUGUCAUGGACAUUUUGGAUCCACCAAAACCUAAUAGUAGCCCUCCGCCAUGUCCUCCUACCAGUCGACUUCCUAAACCGGAUAAAAAAUCUUGGCUCGACAAAAUUCGAAACAUGAAGAGAAACUGA